CAGGGGCGGAGGGAGGCGGGCUCAGUCUGCUGCGUCGGCUCGGCCAGGCAGCAGCUCGGAGCGUGUCGGGUGCCGCUGCUCUGUCGCCGCCGCCGCCGCCGGGAGCCAUGGUUUCCCUGCUCUGCUGCGGGCCGAAGAUGGCCGCCUGCGGGAUCGUGCUGAGCGUCUGGGGGGUCAUCAUGCUGGUCCUUCUGGGGAUUUUUUUCAACGUCCACUCAGCUGUUCUCAUUGAGGAUGUUCCUGCCCUGGAAGAGGACUUUAAAAAUGGACCAGAGAAGAUCUACGCCCUGUAUGAGAAAGUCAGUUACAACUGCUUCAUCGCGGCUGGCCUCUACGUGCUGCUGGGGGGCUUCUCGUUCUGCCAAGUGCGCCUCAACAAGCGCAAGGAGUACAUGGUCCGCUAAGGAGCCCCUCCUCCCCUGCCCGGGCGCUCUUCCCUCCUGCUGGCAGGGGAUCCCCCACCCCCCUUUGUAUUUAUUCCCUCCCUGGGCGCCAGGGCUUCAUUCUGCCCGCCGGAAGGCCUCCUGGACCCCGCUGGGCUGGCUCUGAUGGAGCGUUUGGGGUGGGCCCUGUUUGUUCCAUUGUUGACAGUGUCUGGGGUGGGCCCGGCGUGAUCUGGAUUCGGGUACCCUCAAGAUUUCUGGCAAUGUGAUUUCUCUUUUCUGUUGUGGUUUCUUGUUGCAAGCUGGGCCCCUGUAACCCCGCUCCCCCCCCCCCAAGCAAGCUUCAAGGCUCCUGCUUCAUGUUAUCCUCCCCACUCCAGUCAGUCACCUGCCCCAGUUCCGCCUCGGUGUCGCCUUCUGCCCCCCAGCCCAAGAAAGAAAGGGGGGCCCAAGGUGUGCUGUCCUCUUGGCUUCUGGUUUUGGCUGGCAGGAGCUGCCGCCCAGUGUUGUGGAAACAGUGUGGCCACUCCCUUCCCUGCAGCACGAGGACAGCAAAGGUGCCCGUCCAGUGGGGAGGUUGCCUCUGUGGGAUCUCCUGGGAGGUCACCCAAGGUCUGUGGCUUGUGUAGACCAGUCUAGACCUCCGGGAUCUCGUCUGCUCCAGCCCCCACUCAACGCUGGUCUUUGGUGUUGGUGGUUCAAACAUUCCCUGGGCGCUGGGGGCCUGCCUCUUCCUUGCUCCUGCCGCUGCCUGGCCUGUCCCCACCCUUUCUCCCCUUGGCUCUGUGGCCUGCUCCAUUGGGCCCUCCUGCAGAGCGGAGCCUGGCCCAGACACCGCUCCUUGGAGGUCUGGAUUGCGGGGGGCAGCAGCCCUCUUGAUGCUUCCCCACCCCUGGAGGUGCCUAUGGCGGCUCUCCCCUUCUCACCCCAGAGGUGGCGGGAGGGUGGCCACACUGGCUGUGGGCUGGUUCUCAAGCUGCUCUACUGGCCCCCUCAGUGGUGUGGGCAGAAGUGUCUCCCCUCUGCCCUGCACCUUGCUGCAUGGAGGGGAGGGGGGUUCAUCUGGGGGGCCCUGGUGUGCCAGGUAGGGGGGCAGGUGUGUGUGUGCCCAUUCUCCUCCCCACAGCAUGAAAGGGGGCUGGCUGGAGUAUCCUCCCACGGGUGGGCGAUGGUGGCAGUGGGGCCCGUGCCGAGGGGCUGAAGGUGGUUCAUCCUCUGUUUGCUCCCGUGCAAUAAACAGCCUUGGAUCCUA